AUGCAGGAAGGGAGCUCGAAAAAGACAGGAAACACCACCCCAGUGACCCUGUCUCUGGGUGUGGCUCCCUCGAACUGCAGCGUGUCCUAUGAAGAGAGCAGGGUAUUCCUGGUGGUGGUGUACAGCGCGGUGUGCACGCUGGGCCUGCCGGCCAACUGCCUGACGGCGUGGCUGACGCUGCUGCAUGUGCGGCAGGGCAACGUGCUGGCCGUCUACCUGUUCUGCCUGGCGCUCUGCGAGCUGCUCUACAUUGGCACUCUGCCGCUCUGGAUCAUCUACAUCCAGAACGAGCACCACUGGACCCUGGGCCCGUGGGCCUGCAAGGUCACUGCCUACAUCUUCUUCUGCAACCUGUACAUCAGCAUCCUUUUCCUGUGCUGCAUCUCCUGCGACCGCUUCAUGGCGGUGGUGUACGCUCUGGAGAGCCGUGGCCACCGCCAGCAGAAGACGGCCAUCCUCGUCUCCACGUGUGUCUUCAUCCUCGUCGGGCUUGUUCACUACCCGGUGUUUCAAAUGGAAGAGAAGGGCACCUGCUUUGAGACGCUCCCGAUGACCAGCAGGAUCGCUGGGUACCACUACUGGCGCUUCGCCGUCGGGUUCGCCAUCCCUCUCGCCAUCAUCACCUUCACCAACCAGCGGAUCUUUAGGAGCAUCAAGCUAAGCGUGUCCCUGAGCGCCGCCCAGAAGGCCAAGGUGAAGCACUUGGCCAUCGCGGUCGUGGUCAUCUUCCUGGUCUGCUUCGCUCCCUACCACCUGGUGCUCCUAGUCAAAGCUGUCGCCUUUUCCUACUACAAAGGGGACGUGGCCUCCGUGUGUGCCUUUGAAGCCAGCCUGUACACGGUCUCCGUGGUGUUCCUCUGCCUGUCCACGGUGAACAGCGUGGCCGACCCCAUCAUCUACGUGCUGGCCACCCAUUCACGGCAAGAAGUGUCCAGAAUCCACAAGGAGUGGAAAAAGUGGCCCACAAAGACAGACGUCAUGAAGCUCACAUGUUCGAAGGACUCGGAGGAGGUGCAAUUGCCCAUGUCACUCGCAAAUGGCCACAUGUUCCCCAGGCCUGUCCGCCCACUAGGGUCACAGCUGGGCACCUGGGGCUCACUGUGCCCCCUGGAGACGCUGAACGAAGAGUCCUGCUGAGCCCAGUGCCCUGCAGGGCAGGACAGCCCGUGCGGGAGUCCAGGGGCCAGCAGCUUGGCUUCCCUUCCACUGAGCCGACCUGCCAGUGUCUGUGGCACUGGCCAUGGAGCCCCUCUGGAAGACACGCCACCGAUUUCUCAUUCCCGGAGCCACACCCUCGGUGAGCCUCUGCCCUUCGGGGGGCCCAGCCCGCCAGGCUCUCCCACUGGGUGAAGAAGGUGGCAGCACCCCAGGGUAAGAUGAUUCUUCCAGGCUGCAGGGAGCCCGGGGAGCUCGUGGCAGGCAGGAGGGCCUCUUCAUCCACGGCUUGUUCUGGCUGGAUCACCUGGCUAUUAGCAAACAGCAGGGCUGUUGGCAGAGGCCACGUGGUGCUGCCGGCAGCUGGCACAUGCCGUGCACGGGGCGGGGGCCUGGUCGGCAUCCAUGGUAAUGACUUCAUUUUCUGUGCUUUUCUGCCAGUGGUGAUUGGAUGACGGUGAUAGUAAUCGUGGGGCCGUUGGGCUUCCGCCUCAGAAUGUCCACACAAACCGUGCACCUUUGCGCAGUGCCCAAUCACUGUGGGACCACCAGGACCUAUGAGCGGGCAGGAUCCCAGCCUCGAGGGCCCUCGGCUGGGGUUGGCGCUGUGCCGAGCAGGUCUGAUGCCUUAGGCUGCCGCAGACCCCUCAGGGGGGCUGUGGGGCGGGGUGCCAGCUGCUCUGGCUCCAGCAGGGAAGUGGGGAGCCCCAGAAGCUCAUGUCAGGAGUAGCUGUUGGCUGGCAAUGCUGGCGGGCACCCCAGGAAAGGUGACACGGCUGCCCUCAAGGCUCAGAGACUGUGGAAUUCCUUCUCAUCAGGCCUUCUGGCUUCUUUAUCGGGGGAGAGGCCGGCCGAGGGCUGGGACAGGGCGAAUCAGGAGCAGGCAGGUGACAGCCCCUCGGCGCCUCCAGCCCCUCAUCAACGUGGGCAUGGAGCCCGGACAGAGCCUGGAACAGGGUCUGCCAUGCGCCCGAGAGAAAGUGGGCGCCUGCAAACCGCACAGCUCGGAGUCAGAGCCUGGGUCUGCCCCUGACAAGCCUCAUCUAGGCCAGGGCAUGUCGCUGCCUCGGUUUCCCCAUCUGUAACAAGGCCAAUGACACCUACCUCACCGGGUCAGCAUCGGGGGCUGACCCACUACCUCGCCUCAAGCACUUCACAUACGCCCCCCCACCCCUCCAGCACAGCGCUGUGACCCAGCGAGCCCCACAGACCGCCCGCCACACAGAGGGGCCCCGGGACCCCCGAAGCACAGUGCAGGCGUGGGUUUUCUGUGGAAACUCUGCCAGGCCAUUGUGCUGAAUUAUGUUCUCAUUUCUGUACGGCAGCUGUUGAUGCUCGUUCUUCACUGUGAGAGACAUUGAGAGGAUACAUUUAGAAAAUAAGUUUAAAAAAAAAGAAAAUAAGUUUAAAAAAAAAAAGGCAAAGAUACACGUCAGUCCCAACCUCCUUUUUAAAUAAAAUACUGUCAUUUUCC